AUGAAGCUUUUUGGAUCUCUUCUUUUUGCUGUUUCCCUCGCUGGCCGUGAAAAAAAUGCUGACAAGCGAUUAAACAAGAUCAAGGGUCUUACCGCCACCCUCAUCGACCUCAUGGACAACAACACCACCGCUUCCGACAAGAACGUUGGCCGAGUCACUGCUUGGACCGACAAGCUUUUCGCCCAACUCGAGGGACUAGACCUAACUCCAUGCACUUACGUUGCUCCCGAAGCAGACGAUGUCGCCGGGUUCCAACAAGAUGAAUUCUGCAAGCUUGCCAGUCAGGUCCAAGGUGCUCUUCGAUCGUACCUCCGAACCUUCGUCUGCGUCGACUCCUACCCUAAGAAGAACUUCGAAAAAGCCUUUUCCAAGCGAACCAACCGAUUUCGAAACAUCGCCUACCGAGCUGGAGACUGUUAA